UUCUAUUCUGGUCACUGGGGCUGACAGCCACAGCUCUAUGUCCCAUACCUCCAGGCUUUUUACUAUAAAGGGAGAACACACUUCACCCAUACGCAGCAUAGACCUACACAAACAAUUCUGGUACACAGAGAGGAUGUUUUAAAGCAAGCAGACAGUGUGGAGAACGAAAGGAUAAGCAUUUAAAGGAAAGCAUGAAGAGUUUUCAAGCUAAACAAAAGAAGCAUGCUGCUUUGCAAUAAAGGACCAAUGAGAUGCAGCAUUUUCUCCUCUUGAAUUAAAAACCUUACAAAGAAAAACACUGUGUAUGCUGAUUGGAAAGCAAAGAGAAAUGAUUCCACCAAACAGCACUAUGGAGGAUACGGUGGAGAAAGAGGAUGAACUUGGGGGUAUUGAACAACCUCACUCUCCAGCCUCUACAAGUAGCCAAGAAUCUAAGCUGCAGAAGCUUAAGAAAUCCCUUUCAUUCAAGACCAAGAGUAUCCGAAGUAAAAGCGCAGAAAACUUUUUUCAAAGGACUAACAGUGACAUGAAACUCCAAGUUGACCUGGAGCCAGAAAUAAACCCAAUUGGUAGCAACCAGAUUCUACCAUCUGAGAGCCCAUCCUCUACUCCAACCAAAGCUACUGUGCAGCCAGCAUCCAAUAGCAAGUCCCAUGCUUUUCAAGAACAUAUAUUCAAAAAGCCCACAUUCUGUGAUGUAUGCAACCACAUGAUUGUAGGAACAAACACAAAACAUGGGCUGCGAUGCAAAGCUUGCAAGAUGAGCAUCCAUCACAAGUGUACAGAGAGCACCAGUUCUCAGCGAUGUAUGGGAAAGCUGCCAAAGGGUUUUCGUCGCUAUUACAGCUCCCCACUUCUCAUUCAGGAACAGUUUGGAUGCAUUAAAGAAGUAAUGCCAAUAGCAUGUGGUAAUAAAGUGGACCCUGUGUAUGAAACCCUACGGUUUGGGACAUCUUUGGCACAGAGAAACAAGAAGAGCAGCUCUGGAAGUGGGUCCGACUCUCCCAAUAGGAACUCUACUACAGAUCUGCUUGAAGUACCAGAAGAAAGUGAUAGCGCAUUCCUACCAAACACAAGUAGGCAGCGAAGCAACAGCGUAUUUAGUUACUUAGAAAAUGGAACAGACUGCUUCAGCUUCAAGGAAGAAUCAGAGCAGAAGACUGUUGAAGCUCUGUUACCUGUAAAUAAGGAUUUGGAAGAUAGUUUUGUGGCAUUGUACAAAUUUGUUCCACAAGAGACGCAAGACUUAGCAAUGAGACCAGGUGAUAAAAUAAUUGUUCUGGAUGAUUCCAAUGAAGAUUGGUGGAAGGGUAAAAUAGAAGACAGAGUGGGAUUUUUUCCUGCAAACUUUGUCCAAAAAGUACAACAAAAUGAAAGGAUUUUCCAAUGCAACAGAACAUUUAUUGGAUGCAAAGAACAAGGGCAGAUAACAAUUAAAGAAAAUCAGAUUUGUACAAGUUCAGAAGUGGAACAUAAUGGCUAUCUGAGAGUGAGCUGUGGGAAGAAAAAUGGCUUUGUGCCUACAGAUGUGCUGGAAAAUAUCUGACUGACUUUGAAGUGUAAUACAUUGGACAAGCUCUUGGUUGGAUUCUGUUGGACCUACUGACCUUAUUGGAGAAGAAAGCAGAGGACUGGUUUACCUAUUAUAAUAUAAAUAGGUAAAGGAACGUUGGAAUCAACUGCAAUGAAAGAGGUGCUCAGUGACAGGAAAUAAAAGAAAUGCAAUAAAUCCCUCUUUAAGGCUUAAAUGAAACUACUUAGAUGGGUUUUUGUGUUUUUAUGGAUUAGACAAGUAUGAUAUAGACGAUUUGAAGUGAUAUUUUAUAGUAAAUCAGUGGUUUAGGGUCUCUCUCUAGGUGGCAAAAUUAAAUAAGACGCUGGAUUUGGAAGUAACUUACAUUAUGACAAAACUAGCAAGGUAGAAACAAGGUAGAGGCGAGGUAGAACUGCCCUCCUUUCUGCAUAUGAAGACCAAAAUAUUCCAUACGAGUUUCCUACAAUUUAAUACUGACCUGCUCAUGAAUUGUCUUCUUUUUAGGAAAACCAUUUUGUGUUUGUUUAUAUAGUUUCAUCAGACCUUGUCUGACCUUUUAAAGGACUAUCUUUUUGCACACGUACAUGUUUUUUAGAAGAUAAUUAUUAAAUGCAUACAUAUAUCACACCUUCUCUAUACAUAUAUAAUUUUGUGAUGUCAAACUUUUAUUUAUGGAAGCAUCUGAUUUACUCCCAAUGACUUUCCUUGUUCUCUCUUUCUAUUUUUUCUUUCUGUAACAUAAUGUUCAUGACCAAAUAAUUCUAUGAAUUGUCUGUUUCUGGUGUUUACAUAUUUGUAGAUUAGUAUCAGAAAGUCUUCAGUUUGCCUAUUGAAAGAAAAUGUUAUUUUGGGCAAUUAUUUUAUAACAUGCAUUAAUUACAAAAUGUAAUUAGUUAUUUUAUUUUUGUUCUUUGAUUUCUCUGGUUCUUAUACUUGAAACAAUGUAGUAGAAACAGUUCAGAAAGGAAUAAAUUGGCAGACAAAUACUGCUUUUAAUAGCAAGUACAUUUACAAAAAAACUAAAAAUUGUAUAUUGGCAAGUUGCUUAGAACUACAUUUUCUUUUACGGUUCCAAACAAUUUUGGUUGGAAAUCUCCUUAAAAAAUUGAUUCUGUCUGCUGAAUACAACUAUUUGUAUUUUCAGCAAAGAUACUUAUUAUACAUCAGGAAGAUGUAUAAAUAUAUAAUGCUAUUGUAUACACAGGAAUCAGCAAGUAUUUGUAAUACUAAUGAAAACUUCACCAGAACCCGAGGAAGGUGCUCAAAGGUUCUGCUUGUGCUGGAAAUUUUUUAUCAGAACCUGUGCAUGCAGGCUUGCUCUUAUUUUAUUUACUUAUUUUAAUCAGCACAAAAGUAUUCUAACAUAUAAUCAUACAGGUUUAUUGUACAUUCAGAUGGAAGCCAUUAUACUGCAAAAUUAAAGUUUUAAAGAACAUGUAAACCCCACACACAAAAAUUUAAUCAGUGAACAGCCUUUUUGAAAUCUUUAAAAACCUGG